GCUGGGGUAAAGCAGCUUUCACCCAUCGUAAUUAUUACUUCUGGGUGCCAAUAAUUGGUCCUUUUCUGGGUGCAACUAUCGGAAGCAUGCUCUACGAAUUUAGUCUCGGAAUGCACAUGCCAAAGAACCUGGAACAUCGCCGAAGAGACCCUCACGCUAGUUCUACAGCGAAAAGAUAUAAGAAGUUUUCAAAAACAAAAGAAGAGACUAAUCAUAAAAUUUUAUCCAUUAGAUAGUAUAAACAUAUGA